AUGUCAGAGCGCGCAGGUCGUCGGAGCAAGUCACGGUCUACCGUGCGGAAUGAGCGACCCAGCUACAUGCGCGCGCCUACCCAUGAUUUUGACGAAGGUCUCAGCGAUGACAACCUCGAUUCGAGCCGGAGCCACAGUCAGAGCCCGAAGCGCAUGGAUCCGGAUGUUCCAACCGAGCCGCAGCCGAACCGCCUGAACUAUGUUGCGCAGGAUCGCGCACGCAGUCGUCCCCCCAUGAACCCGAGCCCCCAUGCCGGCCGGUCGCGGGAGCGGCAGCGAACGCCCCUGCGUGCAAGUGCUCCGCAGUUGCGUGAUCCGUACCACUUUGACGAGCGCACCCUUCUGCUGACGCUGCCCGAUACCGAAUCGGAUUACCAGGCCUCUCGAUUGCAUAAACCCACAACACCUACAAAGACCGGCUAUGUGCGCCAGAAGAGCACGUUCUGGCAGACGUGGUUCAAUGCUGUGAACGCGCUGGUGGGCGUCGGCAUCCUCUCGAUGCCUCUUGUACUCCGCCAGGCGGGAUGGCUCGGCGGCGCGCUAUUAUUUUUGCUGUGUGGAUUUGCCACGAACUACACGGGCAAGUUGAUUGCGCGCAUCUUGGCGCAUGAUCCGCAACUAAAGACCUACGUCGAUAUUGGUCGCUACGCAUUUGGACCGAGUGCCCGGUACUGGAUUGCGAUCAUGUUCUGUGCCGAGAUGAUAUUUGUAUCUAUGGCGCUAGUCAUCUUGUUGGGGGAUAGUGCAUCAGUGCUAUACUAUGGAAAGGACCAGGAACCUGACGCAUGGGCGCUUUUUGCUUUCAAGGUGAUCGGCUUUGUUGUUGUCCUGCCCACUGUGUUUCUGCCCCUGUCGUUCCUCUCGCCCAUCUCGCUGGUGGGCAUCACGAGCAUUCUAUUCACCAUUGUUGUGCUCUUUAUCGAUGGUAUUGUCAAGCGCACAACACCAGGGAGCCUUUGGGAUCCGGCUGUCACGGAGUUGGGACCCCGCUUCAAGGGCAUGGGUAUCGGUUUUGGCCUCCUGAUGUCGGGCUUUGCCUCGCACCCGAUCUUACCAUCUUUAUACCGUGACAUGCAACAUCCCGAGCAGUUCAAUCGCAUGCUAGAUCUGGCAUAUCUGGCUACAGCGGCGCUCUAUGGAACGAUGGGUGUCGUUGGGUACAUCAUGUUCGGUACGAACGUCUCAGACGAGGUGACUAGUGAUCUGGCGCGUACGCGCGGCAUGCCGCUCUUUCUUACGACUGCAUGUGUGGUCUUGAUCAUUGUGAACUCCAUGUCCAAGUUUGCGCUUGCGCUGAGGCCGGUGCAGAACUUCUUUGAAAGCGCUCUUGGUCUCUCUGUGGAUCCCAUCCCUGCCGCGGAGCCGGAGGAACAGCAGCGUCUCCUCUCACCGGGUGCUGUCCCGACACACGACACACCUUCCGUGUCACGGGUCCCCGGCUUGCAUCAUAUCUACUCGCGUUUUGGUGUGCAUGUCGCUCGUCUAGCGCUCUCUCUUACGGUCGCUAUCGCUGUCCUGUGCAUGGCCGUGGCCCUCCCGAGCCUCGAGCGUGUGAUGGGCUUCCUUGGCGCAUUUCUGACUUUCAACACGUGCAUUCUGGGACCGAUUCUCGCUGCCAUGGUCGUAUUUGCAGCAGAGCGCAAAUGUCUCUCGCAGGCUGCGGACCUCGUUCUCCUCGGCGUCACCUCGGUGCUCGCCAUUCUGGGCACGGUCUACACCCUCCACCCGUCUUUCUAG